ACGAUCCAAAAGGGAGCAUGAGAGAGUCCAACGGACCGCAAAACGUAGGGGUGAGCAGCAGAGGAGAGGAAGAUUCCAUGGAGAGAAGAGGGUGGGGGGGCGGAAAGGGAGCUGUCCCGCUGCGCAUGCGCCUUCUAGGCCGCCCUGCCCUAUCGGAAGGCGAGAGAGGCAGAGAAGACAAAGGCCCCUCCCGCCCCUCCCUCGCUUUUCAGCUCUCCCCGCAUAUAACGCGCCCCGCUUUUCCCGCGGCCUGGUUUUAUGGCCCCCCGACAAUAAGCCUCCCUCUCGCUUGUUUGGGGCACUUCCUCAGGGGGCUUUGACGGGAGCCCGCCAUGGCAGGGGGACAAGGUGCCCUCCUCCCUGUAGUGGAAGGGAUCGGGGCCCCAAGCAGCCCUGAGGGGGACCAGGCUUCACCCAUGAAACGGCCACCAGCGUCAGGUGAGCCUGCAGGUUCCUCGCUCCCACGCCGACCCUGCAGCAAGCCUGACGACAACCUUGCGAGGCAGGGCCCCCGUGCCACCGCAUCUUCCCCGCUGCCGGUGUCCAAGAUGGCUUUCCGCCGGGCCUACUCCAUCAAGGACAAGCUGCAGGCCAUUGAGCGCGUGAAGAGGGGCGAGCGGCAGGCCUCUGUGUGCCGGGAUUUCGGGGUCCCUGGCGGCACCCUCCGUGGCUGGCUGAAGGACGAAAGCAAGCUGCGCUGGUUCCUGGACCAGUUGGGGGGCGAGGUGGGCACCCACCGCAAGAAGAUGCGCCUGGCCAACGAGGAGGAGAUCGACCGCGCCGUCUACACGUGGUUCCUCGCCUUGCGCCAGCACGGUGUACCGCUCUCCGGACCCGCCAUCCAGGCCCAGGCCGAAGCCUUUGCCCAGCAGAUCUACGGACCCGAGUGCACCUUUAAGGCCAGCCACGGGUGGUUCUGGCGGUGGCAGAAGCGGCACGGCAUUUCCAGCCAACGCGAGGGGGGCGGCCUAGGGGCGGCUGGCAACACGCCUGCCCUCCGAGCUGAAGCGGACGCCGCUUCCCCCUGCUCGGCCUUCUCCGACAAUACCCGCCUGCCCUCGGCUGCUGCGCCACCAGAUGAAGGCGGGUACAGUGACAACCAAAUCUACAACGCUAACAUCACCGGGCUUUAUUGGAAGCUGCUGCCUGGCCAGGCCCGACUGCCGCAGCCUCUCCCAUCACGGGCGGUAGACCGGGUCACGGUACUGCUGGCCGCAAAUCUAACCGGCUCCCACAAGUUGAAGCUGCUGGUAGUGGGAGGCCUGCGGGACCCUCCUUGCCUCCGGUGCCGCAAGAGGGACACGCUUCCGGCUUGCUACCGCUACAGCCCACGGGCCCAGUUGGGUCGCUCCCUGCUGCGGAUUUGGUUCUUCGAUGAUUUCGUUCCUAGCGUGAAGCGCUUUUUGCGCCGCAGCUGCCUCCAGCAAAAAGCCGUCCUUCUGCUCAGCUGCCUCUCUGCGCACCCCGAGGAGCCGUCCCAGCUUCAAACUCCAGACGGGUCCAUCCGAGCGCUCUUCCUUUCCAAGGCGGCAGGAGGGUCGCCGGGAGGCGGAGGCCGCAUUUCGGCGCCGCUGGAACAGGGCGUUGUGUCGGCCUUUAAGCAGCUGUACAAGCGGGAGUUGUUGCGUUUGGCCGUGGCGUGCCUAGUGAGAGGAGCCGUGGGGGAGUCCGAGAAACCAGGUGGAGAGCUGGACUUUGGCCGCUCUUUUCUCCUGGAGGAUAUGCUCUGCCUAGCUGGCCUGUCUUGGGAUCUCAUCCCGGCUGGAUCCAUUGAGAAAUGUUGGCUGCUUGGCCUGCGUGCAGCCUUUGAGCCCCACUCUGGAGGGGAAGAGGAGGAGUCGGGAGAGGCCUCUGCAGGUGUGGACAACCUGGACUUCGCUGACCUCAUACACCUGGCUGCCCUUACCUGCAAGGGCCUGGCUCCAGAAGAAGUGGCCGAUUGGCUCCACUUAGAUGAUGUCAUUCCAGACACAGAGGAAGGGGAAGGCGAGGAGGAAGAAGAAACAGUUGGGACAAGAGAUGGUGGAAGUGAAGGGAGUGAUGGAAUGGGAGAUACCCCACUGCCCACUGCCCAGGAAGCAAUACAAGGCCUGCAGAAGGCCUUGCGCUGGCUGGAGAGCCAGGAUCCCCAGGAAGUUGGUACGCUGAAGGUGGUCCAGCUCCGGUCCUUCAUCAGCAUGGCGCAAAGGCUGCAGAAGGCAGCUGAACCCAACUCUUGGCAAGGAGGCUCAGAGCAAAACAGCUAACCAGAUUAUUGCACUCACCUACAUAUCUGGUGGAAGUGUUUACUCUUUAUGCAGCAAUAGGGGACGGUGCCGUGUUCCCAUAAUCACUGGGAGGUGCAAGUAUGGCACAAUCAGGGCAGAACAGGAUAGUUCCUUCCCCCUCCCUAUGAGCAUUGGGGUGAGGCUGUUAAAGGGGCUUGACUCCCCAAGUUCUGGGGGUUGGGAAAAAGUGGCCAUUACAGCAGAGAGGCAGGAGGGGUAACUCUGCUCCCUAAACCGUUUGCUCAGGGUGCGAUUCUUGCCUGUUCCCUGUGGUGG